AAAUUAAUAAACUGAAGCCCAAUAGUCUAAAUUCUGAGUCAGUAGGAAAUGAGAAGAAUUUAUCCGACUGUACUGCUGUCCAGUAUGACUUUGAUAUCGAGGAUGUCUUGCUCGGUGAGAAAAGCGAUAGUUCCAUGAUGGAGUUUAGACCAUAUUCAGUUACUGAGUUUUCCCAGGACAACAUUGUAUCGUUAAAUGAGAAAACUUUGCCAUCAUCUUCCCUUAGCACUCAGAAGAUAUCAAAUGAAAACACCAUGAAGGAAUAUGCAGAUUUGAAGUUAUCUUUAUUGCUUUAUGAUGCAAUCCUUACUGUUGCUGGUUCGUCUAUUGCAUUCUUAGCUGGAGAAAAGUCCGCAAUCGCCAUCUUAACAGGUAGUAUCGGAGGAUUUCUAUAUCUACUACUCGUGCAAAGGUCCGUUGAUGUUAUACCAUCUUCAGACUUGACUUCAAUUAACAGGACAGAAACUCUUGAUCAAACCAGUAAAGGAUUCAAAGGCUCAGUGACAAACAUAGUACUGGCUCUUGCAGUUACUACAGUUGCAGCAAAAUAUGCCCUCGGAGACAUUUCCAGUGUGCUGACACCGUAA